AUGGUGAAUGCUCCUCUUGCGGGAAGACUUUUAGGGUUGUGCGCCCUACUCAGACGAAGUAGCGGGGUGUUUGCUGGAAGCCAUGCUCCUCACCACGGCCACCGUAACCUUCAAACCAGCUCAAAUAUUGAGUUUAUCGAAGCCGUCGUAGGCACGGCCUUCACUACUGACGAGCAGAGCGGACUGCAGCUCCAGAACGCUGAGCGCGGUGUGGCUGGAGAUGCAACGACGACCAUCACCACAUCUACCACAGCCCAGUACGAAUUUUACUUCGCACCACCAAGCAUCGCGGGGGCCACGGGUUUCACCCUGAGCUUCGUCGGGCAACUGGAUGGUGCGGCGUGGACCGUGGACAUCUUCGAUUUCAGCACCGAUGCCUCCACCUGGGUCAACGCGGGCACCCUCACCGGGAUGACUACUACUGGGUGGGGGGACGUCGACAUCGACUUCCCCACAACGACACCUGCCAACUUCAUCGCUGCUGAAUCGGUAGUAUUGGUCGGAUACCUCGACUACGCUGCGGUGAACGCCGUCGGAAGCUCGCCAACACCGACGCCUGCAGUCGCGCCGGUAGCUGCCCCCGUCGCCGCUCCCGUCGCCGCACCUGUAGCUGCCCCCGUAGCCGCACCCGUAGCCGCGCCCGUCACCCCCGCCGAGGGCUCCACCGCCGCAUUCGUGGCGAAAGUUUCUGGUGCCGACAUCCUGGACGGUCAGGUCUCGGGCGGACCACUCGCGGUUGCCGACCUGGCCGCCACUACUGACACGGACGCUUCCAUCCAAUUCGCGGCUACGUCCGGCGAGGCUGCGGCGUACGAGAUGUAUUUCGUCGCGCCUGCGGCCGUCGCGGGUCCAUUCACGAUCACCAUCACGGCCCAGCUUGGCGCCGUCGCCGUCGCCAGCGACUGGAAGGUCGAUAUGUACUCGUUCUUGCCUGACGACAGCGACGGCUAUGAGCUCGUCGGCGACCUUACCGGUGUGACAUCUGGAUCUUGGUCAACCAUCACCCUGACCCUCGAUCCCGCCACCCCUGCGAACUUUGUGGAACCGACCGCCAUCGAAUACCUGGUCCAGCUGAGGACCGAGAAUGCUGGUGCCCAGACCAUCUACGUGGACCAGGUGGUUAUUUCGGACGGAGCACAAGGGCCAUCUCCAACCCCAGUUGCCCAGCCCGUAGCUGCCCCCGUCGCCGCUCCCGUCGCCGCUCCUGUAGCUGCCCCCGUAGCCGCACCCGUAGCCGUACCCGUAGCCGCACCCGUCACCCCCACCGAGGGCUCCACCGCCGCAUUCGUGGCGAAAGUUUCUGGUGCCGACAUCCUGGACGGUCAGGUCUCGGGCGGACCACUCGCGGUUGCCGACCUGGCCGCCACUACUGACACGGACGCUUCCAUCCAAUUCGCGGCUACGUCCGGCGAGGCUGCGGCGUACGAGAUGUACUUCGUCGCGCCUGCGGCCGUCGCGGGUCCAUUCACGAUCACCAUCACGGCCCAGCUUGGCGCCGGCGCCGUCGCCGUCGCCAGCGACUGGAAGGUCGACAUGUACUCGUUCUUGCCUGACGACAGCGACGGCUAUGAGCUCGUCGGCGACCUUACCGGUGUGACAUCUGGGUCUUGGUCAACCAUCACCCUGACCCUCGAUCCCGUCACCCCUGCGAACUUUGUGGAACCGACCGCCAUCGAAUACCUGGUCCAGCUGAGGACCGAGAAUGCUGGUGCCCAGGCCAUCUACGUUGACCAGAUCGUCGUCUCGGACGGAGUACAGGGACCAUCUCCUACCCCAGUGACACCUCAACCCGUAGCUGGUCCGACUGCUCCGCCUGUGACGACUCCGCCCGUGACUGGACCGACCGCGCCUCCUACAGUUGCUCCUUCCGUUGCUCCUACCGUCGCUCCCACGGCGGCGGCGACCCCUGGUCCCGUCCAAGUGGACAUGGUGCCCUGCAUCUUAGCCUCCGAGGCUGUGGAAAAAGACGCGGGUCCCGUGGCUUCGGCGUACCUGUUCAACGAGUUCUUCAAGGGCUUUUGGACAGCCACUCAGGUCCGGAUCGUAUACUUCGACAUCGCCGACACCAUUCUCGACACGGAAGUCCAAGCCAGGCUGGGCAUGCAGUCUAACUUCGACCAACCUUUCGUGGGGGCGCCGAGGGUCAAGCGGACAGGCGGGUCGACGGACAGCAUCGCCCCCGCGGACAUGCUGACGGAUCCCACUCAAAACAACCUGUUCAACAGACCGGUCGUUACGACGGUAGAUACUCUCCCGGCCGGCGUCAGCAUCUUGGCACAGUACGCAGACGACAAUGGUGACGCCAUCGGGGGGGUGCUUGCAGGCGUUACCAACCCUCAAAGCGCUGCUAUCGUCGAGUACAUCGGAGCCGACGGUCUGGAGGAGAUGCACGUUUUCAUCAGUCUGGCGUGGUUCGACACAGGAUCUUGGGCGUGGGGCCACUUCAUUUCCGAGUGGGGUACCAGGGGCAUUUUCCAGGGAGAGCGUCGCUUCUACCUGGGGGGUGUCGUGGACGAUCUGUUCCUCUCAACAGGCGUCUGGAUUUAUGACCCUCCGUCCUUCUUCGGCCCGGAGGAGAGGCUUUCGGGAGCCGACCUCCAAAAGUUCCAGAACUCGGAAGCGGCGUUCAACACCGAGUACGGCGCGUCGGUCAAGACAGAGCACGCCUUCAACGGCCUUGGUGUCCUCGACAAGGUGGGAUCAACCCGGAGGAGCUGGGUGGGUGCUGCCGCUGAUAUGGGCCUUCUCCCUAAGGGUGAUCCGCCGAACCCGAGCACAGGUAUCCCCCAAAUAAGCGAUCCCAACUGGCUGAGCAUCCAGUUCAACCCGGCCGCUGGAGAGCAGGGGAUGCAAGACGACUACGACGCCGGUCUGUUCUCUUCUGACGAUCUGCUGGCCCGCGUUCAAGCCGACCUCGAUGCCUUCUUCUGGCAGAGCCACACCUUGACUCACCUGUCUCGCGACAACCUUGGCAAAAACGACUGCGACAUCGAAGACGGAGGCAACGUGCGCCUGGGUGUAAUGUUCGGCAUGUUCGACAACGACAACUACAACUGGCGCAGCAUGACGAGCCCGGGCAUCACGGGGCUGUUCAACCCCAACUGCCUCCAGUCCGGCGAUGAGAACCUCAUGAAGUGCUACCCCGGGGACAACACCUACAGCGGAGCCCCACUAACGGCGGUGUCACUUAUUAACGAGAACAACCAGUUCCACUCCAUGACCACCACGGUCGGCACCAAUGGUUAUGCCGGAAUGCAGAUCGUCCCUCGCUUUGCCACGAACGUGUACUACAACUGCGUCACCGGCCAGUGCCUCAUCGACGAGAACGAGAAGAUUCGUCGCGACGUGUGCGGCUGCGCGGACCUCAACCCUGCUAACCCUCAGGGAACCUGCUCUGCUUGCCCUUCAGGCACGCAGAGCUUCAACGAUGUUGCUUCUUCCGACCCGUCGAUCGGACCGCUCGAAGCUCUGUUCCAGACGGAGGAGCGAACUACCACCCGCUACAUUCUCACCGGACGGAGGGACAAGUACAUGUUCCACCAGGCGAAUGUCAUCAGCACGACUUGGACAACCGACACGUCGGACCCGAUGUACGUCAGCCCUAGGCCCACCAACGACCCUUCGCUGCUCGAGUACUGGUACAUCCGUGUCCUUGCCGAGAUGUCCAAGUACAUCAACACGGGUUCCUUCCCCAUCCAGACUCUCAAGUUUGACAAUCUGUGCCACAACUUCUACCAGCACGAGGACCUCGACAGCUCGGGUGCCGUUCUGACGGCCACCAAGGAUCCCUCCGGUGCCAUUACCGGUUUCUCCCUCGAGACUUCCUCCGACAACGGCGCCCCCAUCCCCUUGACAGUACCCACAGCCAGCGCGGCGGAGAUCCUUGCGACGUUGGGCACCCUCUUACCGUCCAAGACCGAAACCUACGGCGCCGACACCACCUACACCUUUGCAGCCGGCACCCUCAACACCGGUACCCUCUCCAAGCCCGACGUCAGCGAGCUCGCCCCCAUCCCUCAGGCAACCCUCACUCCCGCCGAACAGGAAAUCGUUGAGGACGCGGCGGAGGCAGAACUUGAGGCAGAGGUGUCAUCUAUCGUCGAUGUUGCGGAGGACGCCAGGGUGGACAUUGAGGAGGAGGCCGGCAACCAAGGCUUCGUUGUCGAGGACUUGGCAGGUGAAAUCCUGGUUGAUCCCGUGGAAUCGAUGGCCACGACUCCAUAG